GGAUAUGGCUCGGAAUAUCUUCAACUUUUUACACAGCAGUGCUAAACGGCAAAGUACCUUAAAACAGUUUCAAAUGUUCAUGGAUCUCAAACCCAAAAAAAUUUUACACCCUUCUCAGACAAGAUGGCUUUCUUUAGAAGCUGUAGUAAACCGAAUUUUGGAACAAUGGGAAGCCUUAAGACUUUACUUCAACGAUACAUAUUUAGACCAAAAACUCUUUUCGACAGAACAGAUUUACAAUUCUUUAAAUGAUAGAUUUAUAAAACUAUAUUUCUUUUUUUUAGCAUGGAUACUUCCCAAAUUUAACGAGUUUAAUAAGUAUUUUAAAACUCAAAAAGUUGUCAUCCAUGAUCUGCAUGAUAAAAUUCGUAUUUUAUAUCAAGAAAUCUUAUUAUCAUUUUUAAAAAGAAGUUAUGUCAUGCAAAAUGAUCUCAGUAGUGUGAGACCUGACAAUGGUGAAUACCAUCUUCCUGAUAAUCAGUUAUAUUUAGGUGCUCAGGUUCUCAAAUACAUUAAUGUACCUUAACUAGCAAACAAAAUUGAAGAGAAAAAAAACUUUUUCAAGAGUUGUAGAUAUUUUUUACAAACCGCUACUUUAGAGCUGAAGAAACGGUAUAAUAUGGACGAUCCUGUAUUGAGUAAGCUGUCAUCAUUAAGUGCAAAAAAUGCCCUAUCAAUAAAUUACCAUGAUUCACACCCAUCUCUAGUUCCUUUAAUUUCAAUUAUGUCAAGAAUAGUGCCAGAAGACAAUUUACAAUUAAUCCAAAAGAUAGAUGACCAGUGGCGUAGUCUUCCACUGAAAAUGAUACAUAUGCCUGAAUCCAUCACUAAUUUACAGUAUGCCAAUGAAUCACCUGAUAUAUUUUGGUCUAGUAUCAAGGAUUAUAAUUUAAAAACUGAAGCAAUAGGGCAAGAACUUCCUGAUUUCGCAUUAUCAGUUCUUUGUCUACCACAUUCUAAUGCGGACUGUGAGAGAAUUUUUUCCAGCGUUAAUGCUAUAAAAACAAAGUAUCGAAACAAGUUAGUUACCGAAACUAUAAAUGGUACUAUACUGACAAAAGAGUGUGUAAAGGGCGGACGAUCUCAAACGAAAAAUUGUGUAAACUUUGUUCCUAGUAAGUUAAUGAUUAAUAGAAUGACCAGUAAUACAUUAUAUCCUAAAAAAGAAAUCCCAUCAGAUAAUAUUACUACUGAUAUAUUUUAUUCAACUGAUGAAUAAGAUAUU